UUGUAGAUAUUCUAGUGAUAAUGAAUUUCCUCACUUUUGUAUUUUUCACUUCGUUUCGAAAACCGUAAUAGGCCUCUAGGUAUGUAGUUGUGCCGGUUUUGAAAUGCAUCAAUUAUCAGUUGACGUCAUUAUACUGACCGUGUAGGCCAGUGCAUUCAAGCCUCGAGCCAUUCAACAAAAGAAGAAAAAGGAGACACCAUUAUACCAAGUAGAAAAACGGCGAAACGUAAAAUGGAAGAAAUGUUGAAAAUGUUGGCUAUAGAACUGUACGAUGUCCAGGCUCUGAAAUUCGGCGAUUUUAAAACGAAAGUUGGAUUAAGAACGCCAAUAUAUUUCGAUCUGCGAGUGAUAAUUUCAUAUCCGAAACUAAUGUCUAAUUUGGCGAAAGCUCUGUGGACUCUUCCGGAUGACGUUACAAAAGUGUCUCAAAUUUGCGGAGUUCCUUACACAGCAUUGCCAUUAGCCACCUUGAUCUCGGUUGACAAUGAGAUUCCAAUGUUAAUGAAAAGAAAGGAGGCAAAAUCGUAUGGCACAAAAAAACUGAUUGAAGGCGUGUUUUCACCUGGUGAUAAUUGUGUGAUCAUUGAGGAUGUUAUCACGAGUGGUAGUAGUAUUUUGGAAACCAUUGAUGCUUUGAAGAAAGAACAACUGAAUGUAACGGAGGCAUAUGUGAUAAUCGAUAGAGAGCAAGGUGGUAGAAAAAAUCUCGAGGAUCAUGGAAUCAAGGUCAAGAGUUUAUAUGUAAUCACGCAGCUCAUGCAAUAUCUUUUUGAGGCUGGAAAGAUCACGCUGGAAAUUGUCAAGGAUGUUGACAAUUAUCUGGCAAAAAACCAAGCACCAACUCUUUCCAUUCAAGGGAGUAUAACUACACCAAAUGACAGAUUGAAGCUGCCAUAUUGUAAACGCGCAAAGUUAGCAAAAAAUUCAUUGGCUUCGAAAUUAUUAGAAUUAAUGGAGUCUAAGCAAACCAAUCUGUGUUUGGCGGCCGAUUUGAAAAAAACGGACGCGAUUUUAGAAUUAGCAGAUGUAGCUGGACCUCACAUUGUAGUGUUGAAAACCCACGUAGACAUCAUAGAAGACUUUAACGAGAAUUUUGUUCUUCAAUUAAAGGAGCUUGCGAAGCGGCACCAAUUUUUACUGAUGGAAGAUCGCAAGUUUGGUGAUAUUGGCAAUAUAGUAUCGUUGCAAUACAGAUAUGGUUUAUAUAAAAUCGCCGAAUGGGCUGAUUUGAUCACAGUGCAUCCGGUAUCUGGUGCGUCUGUCAUUGACGCGCUAAAAAAAGGUUUGGAGAACAUCUUGGAACCUCGCGGUAUUUUCCUUGUUGCCGAAAUGUCUUCGAAAGGUGCGUUGACCACCGGUGAUUACCUGAAAAGCGCAGUGUCGAUGGCAGAGGAGGCUUCUGAUCUGGUAGUCGGUCUCGUAUGUCAAUCUAAUCUUUCUGCGCAACCCGGACUGCUUCAAUUGACACCUGGUGUUAAAUUAUCUAAGAGCGAUGAUGGAUUAGAUCAACAGUACAAUAAUCCGGAAUCAGUUAUCGAUGCAGGUGCCGAUUUGGCUGUUGUCGGUAGAGGUAUCACGGAAGCCUCUUAUGGUGUUUUAAAGGCUACUUUAGAAUACAAAAAACAGCUUUGGAAUGCAUACAAGAAACGAAUAACUUCAUCUGAUAUAUGAUAAUAACAUAUAUAAUUUAUAAGCUAUUUUUAUAUAAUUUUUCCUCGUAUACAGCUGGAUCUGUAAUAUUUUAAACUGUAAUUAUCUAUUCUUAUUUUGAGAUAAUGUUUUACAUAUCAGAGAUUUACUUCUAAAUAUUUUUUCUCCAAUAUAUGAGAAAUAUAUAAUUGUAUAUUUUUAUAAAAUAUUAUAUAUAUAGUAUAACUCAGAUUAUAAUAAAAUUGAAUGUAAAAUGAUUUCUAAAAUUAUAUUGUUUAAAAAUUUAUCUUUAUCAUACAGAUAAAUAUGAUGUGCCAUAGACUAAAAGAAAUAUAUAAUCUGAUUAUAUAAGCAGACUAAUUAAAAAAGUUAUUUUAUCUUUUAUAUACGAUAUGUACUUUUAUAUAUACUUUUGAAAUUAUAUAAUAAGAAGAAGGAAUUAUUAUACAUAUGUGAAACUUGUUAUCAUUCCUUAUAUAUGUGUGUAUGUAUAUUUUUAUUCCACAGAAUAAUUAUAAGUUAAUUUAUAUAUAUAUGUACAAUUUAUUACAUAGAAAUGAUAAAUUAAGAUGCAUUAUUUUUCUAUAAACUGUACAAUGUUUAAAUAUGUUGAAUAUAAGUGUUUAAAUGUAA